UCUAGUUGCUGAUUAACAAAAAAAACUUAUCGUAUAAAUCUUGAUGCAUCCCAUGAUUCCAACACAUUUUAAUCGGUUAUUUAACCUAAUAUAGUGUUUAUGCCCAUAGAUUUCGACCUCAUUAUAUAUUUUAAUUUCUCUUUAUUAUAUCAUGAUAUGGAAAGUUCACACCAAUUUCCUCGUGGAGUGUUUCCUUUUUUAACUCGACCCAAAAGUCAUCUAAAUUCUCUUUUUUAAGUCAUCUAAAUUCAAUAAUAAUAAUCCUAUAUUUUACAGAAAGAAAAGUCUUCACAGACAUUGACACAUUGGUUCCUUCUCUUUAUAAAGAUUCAAAUUAUCUUGAAAUCAAAGGCAGAGACUUCAACACUUCUAAGACGAUAAUGGAAGAGCCAUUUCUUCCGAGAGACGAGGAGCUAGUCCCAGGUAAAACGACAUGGCAAAAAGGUCAUCUCACCGUCGAACUGAAGAAAUUGAGCCUCUUAGCCGCUCCUAUGGCCAUCGUGACCAUUGCUGAAUACCUUUUACCUGUCAUCUCAGUCAUAGUUGCCGGCCACAACGGUGAGCUUCAGCUCUCCGGCGUCGCUCUUGCCACCUCCUUCACAAAUGUCUCUGGUUUCAGUAUUCUGUAUGGUUUAGUGGGUGCUUUGGAAACUCUUUGUGGCCAAGCUUUUGGAGCCAAACGAUACGAAAUAAUCGGAACCUACACAUACUCAGCAAUCGCCUCUAACAUCCCAAUCUGUUUCCUCAUAUCAAUUCUUUGGAUUUACAUCGAGAAGCUUUUGGUCUCCUUCGGACAAGACCCUGACAUCUCCAGAGUCGCUGGCUCCUACGCCUUUUGGCUCAUACCGGGUUUGUUCGGACAAGCUGUUGUCAUACCACUCACUAGGUAUCUUCAGACACAAGCGUUGGUUUUGCCUCUGCUCUACACUGCCGUAGCCACACUUUUGUUCCAUGUCCCAGUUUGCUGGACUAUGGUUUCUGUGUUUGGUCUGGGAAGCAAUGGAGCUGCUAUGGCUAUUAGUGUGUCUUUCUGGUUUUAUGCAUUGAUACUCGCAUGCUAUGUGAGAUUCUCCACAUCUUGUGAGAAGACUCGCGGCUUAAUAUCUGAUGAUUUUGUGUCUUGCGUCAAACAAUUCUUCCACUACGGAAUCCCAUCAGCUGCAAUGGUUUGCCUAGAAUGGUGGCUAUUUGAGCUACUCGUACUCUGGUCAGGUCUCCUUCCUAAUCCAAAACUUGAGACCUCUGUUCUUUCGAUAUGUUUUACAACAGCAGCUUUGCACUAUGUAAUUCCAGGUGGAGUGGCCGCGGCUGUGAGCACACGUGUGUCUAACAAUUUGGGAGCUGGGAAUCCUCAAGUUGCUAGGCUAUCAGUAUUAUCAGGGCUUUGUCUCUGGCUUGUAGAGUCAGUUUUCUUCACCACACUUCUCUUCACCUGCAAGAAUAUCAUAGGCUAUGCAUUCAGCAACAGCAAAGAAGUUGUGGAUUAUGUGGCUGACAUAGCUCCUUUGCUCUGUCUUUCUUUCAUCCUUGAUGGCUUUACUGCAAUUCUAAAUGGUGUUGCUAGGGGAAGUGGUUGGCAACAUAUUGGAGCUUGGAACAAUGUGGUGUCUUAUUAUCUCAUAGGAGCUCCGGUUGGAGUUUACUUAGCUUUCUAUCGUCAUUUUAACGGAAAAGGACUGUGGAGCGGUGUUGUGGUUGGAUCCGCUGUGCAAGCCAUUGUACUUUCCAUCAUCAUAAGUUCAAUGAAUUGGAAGGAACAGGCUGAGAAAGCUAGGAAGAGAAUACUAUCAAGUGAGAAGGGAUUGUCAUAAAUGAAGGGUGUUUCAGUUACUCUAUUUUGUUUCUUAAGUUUUGAUGUAUAAAUGUAAUAGUUCUAUAAUCAACAAAUGAAUAAAAAUAUAUUUUGACCAAAAAAACAAAUAUUUUGAUUAA